GCGGGGCGGGGCGCGGCUGGUGCGCCUGAGGAGCGAUGGCGGCGGCCUGAACUCACCUAGCGGGGCUGCGGCGAUCGGGCCUGGUCAGGAUCGGGGUUCUUGAACUUUCCUUGUUCUUUAGGAUCUAGUUCAUUCUCUCCUCCUCUUUUUGACAUCUUUGUCAUCAUCACCCAAGAGGGGUGGAGAAAGAGCCAUGUGUGACGUGGAGAUUCACUGCUGUAAAGGGGAGUCACUGUGAUUGAGGUUCACGUUGUGUAAAGGCUGUGCUGGAGUCAGGUGUUGCAGGUGUAUCCCUGCUCUCAGCUCCCUCCCUCUCUUGCCUCUCCCAGGGCAAAGGUUCAUAAGGAAGGCUGAGCCACUUCCUGCCCUGUGCCUACUAUUCUGAGGUUGGUGGAUACCCUUGCUGAAAGUGCCUGUAAGGCUGUAUUUUGUGCUGUAAGGUCUUUGAGAGUUGGAGAUGGGGGGAUGAAGAAAGGUCCUGGAGGCUAUCCUGCUUGGGUCUGUGAGCAGUGCCCUUUGUUGGUCAAGCAGUGAAGCAGAAGUGGGCACCCCAGUUAUAUUGCAAGAUUUGCAGGUCUGGCCUGGGCAGUGACCUCUGGGCUCACUUCUCCAGCCUGGUGUAUUCUUUGGCUCCAUGGCCAGCUACUGGCUCCUGCAGACCGGAUGAAGCAGACUAGAGACACAAGUGGAGAAAGCCUCCAGCUGGCAGACUCUCAGAGUGUGGCCCUCUGGCCGCUGGCCCUGCCCAGCCUGCCUCAUGGAGAGGAUGAACUGGCUGAGCAGACUGGCCUCCCGGGGCCCUGGACACCGUGUCCCUCAGGGGGCCAGUCUGCAGACCCCUGUCAUGGCUGACCCUGAGACCUGCCUCAUGGUCUUCAAGAAUCACUGGUCCCAGGCGGUGCGAAUCCUGGAGCGGCAAGGUCCUCGGGCAGCUCCUGGGGGUGCAGAUGAUCUCAGUGCUGUGCGCAACCACACUUACCAGAUGUUGACACUGCUGGUAGAAGAUCGUGCUGUCCCCUCAGCCCCCACGGCCCCUGGGCCCUUGCUGGAGUUUGCUCUGCGUGAGGACCUGCUAACCCGUGUGUUGGUGUGGCAGCUUCAGUGGGAUGAGCUUGGGGAUGGGGUUGAAGAACGGCGAGCUGAGCAACUGAAGCUGUUUGAGAUGCUAGUGAGCGAAGCUCGCCAGCCGCUGUUGCGACAUGGACCGGUUCGUGAGGCUCUGCUGACCUUGCUGGAUGCGUGUGGCCGCCCUGUGCCCAGUAGCCCAGCACUAGAUGAAGGCCUGGUGCUACUUCUCAGCCAGCUGUGUGUGUGUCUGGCCCGGGAGCCUUCAUUGCUCGAGUUCUUCCUACAGCCACCUCCUGAGCCUGGAGCUGCCCCCCGUCUUCUCCUCUUUUCUCGCCUUGUUCCCUUCGUCCAUCGAGAGGGCACACUGGGCCAGCAGGCUCGUGACGCCCUACUCCUGCUCAUGGCUCUGUCAGCUGGGAGUCCCACUGUGGGCCGCUACAUUGCAGAUCACUCUUACUUCUGCCCGGUGCUGGCCACAGGGCUGAGUGCCCUGUACUCCUCACUGCCCCGAAAGAUUGAGGUUCCAGGGGAUGAUUGGCACUGCCUGCGACGGGAGGACUGGCUGGGCGUGCCAGCCCUUGCGCUGUUCAUGAGUUCCCUAGAAUUCUGCAAUGCAGUCAUUCAGGUGGCUCACCCUUUGGUGCAGAAGCAGCUAGUUGAUUAUAUCCAUAAUGGGUUUCUGGUGCCUGUCAUGGGCCCUGCCCUGCACAAGACCUCUGUGGAGGAGAUGAUCGCCAGUACCGCCUAUCUGGAACUUUUCCUGCGGAGUAUCUCAGAGCCUGCUUUGCUCCGUACCUUCCUGCGAUUCCUGCUGUUACACCGGCAUGACACCCACACCAUCCUUGACACCCUCGUUGCCCGUAUUGGCAGCAACUCCCGGGUAUGGCCCCUACCUCUGUCCUGGCUUACCUGGGUGAGCCAUCUUCUCUCUCUGACCUUUGUUCUGGGAGGGUGCGCCUGCCCUUCUUUGGCCUUUGUCUCCAGCAGUCACUUCAAAGUUAGGUGGCAUUUCCUUUCCAGUAUUAAACUUUUGACCAUUUUGGGUACAGAUUUUAGUCUACUCCCUUGCUUUUGUAAUAUAUGAAUCUAGAGCACAGUUACUUUUUCUGGAUAGCUGGCCGCUCAUCAUGACUAGAGGUUUUGCCAUUGUGCUAUACUUGUAGCCUUGGCCUGAGGUUCUCUUUAGCUGUGUAUUGUUCUGUGGCCUGCUGUGGGUGACUCGGGAUCACUUCUCCAGGUUUUGUGUCUGCUUUGAUAGGUGGUCCUGCUGCUACUGGUAUGCUUAGCUUUUCUCUGCUUUGGAUUUGCUGCAUUUGAACUAUAACUCGAGGCACCCAUCCGCCCACCUACCUACUUAAACAUUCCCUUUUCCUGAGCAUUUAUACUGAAUGUUCAUUACAUGCCUUACUGUUUUCUCAUACUAAGGAUAAAUGGUAAACAGGGUAGGCAUGGUUGCUGACUUCAUGGAGCUUCCUUUAGAGACAUACAAACCCAUUAAUAAAAUAAUUAAAAAUUGUGGUCAUUGUUAUGAAAAAACUAAACAGCGUGCUUAUAAAAUAAUAGGGUGGUCAGAAACCUCUCUGAGGAGGUGACAUUGAGCUAAGACCUAAAGGUCAUGAGGGAGUUUGCCUAUUGAAGAACAAGUGGAAGAAGAGUCUGGGCAGGGGGAGCAACAUGCAAAGGAUAUGAGAUGGGGGUGAGCUGAAUGUAUUUGAGGACAUGAAAGACCAGUAUGAAUGGAGGAGUAGUGAGCAAGGGGGAGAAGGAAAUGAAAUGAAAGUUGAGAGGCAGGUAAGAUUCAGAUCAUGCAUGGCCUUGUAGACCAUGGUGGGAAGUUUGGAUUUUAACCAGUAGAAAUAUAUAUGGCAAUAGGAGUAAGUAGUUUCCAAGUAAUUAAGACCCAAAGUCUGUCUAGGGGAAUAAAGCAUUCGUUUAGUCAUGGAUUUUAUGGCAUUUAUUUGGCUCUGAAACCAUUUUUGUUUCCUUCUUAUUACAAAUAAUUGAAGUUCCCUAGGUCCUUGUGUUUAAAAUAGAAGUUCUUGGAUUACUAAAGAUUAUGGAAAACUGUUCAAAUAAUUGAGAUACCUUGAGAUACCUGUAGUCAGCCUCAUGGUAGGUGAGGUUUCAGGAGAGCUAUGAAUGACGGAAGGGUAUAGAAUAACUAAGGGUAUCUGAAGGGUAUCUGAAUAACUAAGGGUAUGGAUGAGAUAUUCCACACUGGAUGAGACCAGUGUUUCUGAACCAGGUGCACACUUCAGAAUUUGAAAAUGGCAACAAUGACAACAUACUCUAGGCUCUGCCUUAGCUCUGUUGAAUUGUAAUACACAGGGCAUAUGAAACUUUACAAUAUUCCAAAAAGUAAUUAUGGUACAUGCCUGGAUUAAUUAAGUAUUAUUGGUAAAAACCAAUAGGGAAUAGGUGUCAAAGGUUUAAUCUUACAAAGAUACCCAAAAAGGUUUAUUUCUCACUAUGCUAAAGUUAAACCAUGGUCUUAUAUCUGUUUGGCCUGAUGGAAUGUUCUGUUCGUGUUUUGUGGCCAUUGAUUUCCUUCUUGAGGUUGAUUUUUUUUUUUCCACUAUGCCAGGCUCUAUCUGUCUUUCUUUUGUCCUAAUCUUGUCCUCACUUCUUUGAUUCUCUCACAUUGUCUUUAGUCUUUAGCAUUUGUUUCUAUUAGUCUUGCAUUUGGUCCUCUGGUCUCUCAGGGGCCUUCAUGUUCUUGGGCUAUUCCUUCUUGGUUCCUGCUUCUUGGAGGAACCAGAUUGCUUCUUAUUUCAGGAUGCCUGUGUUAAACAUGCAAUUGCUUUUCUUUCCAUUGUUUGGCCUUUUUAGGCAUGAUUCUGUUGCCCUGACUUUGAAUUUCUUUAAGCUUGUCUUUUGUGGCUUAAAGUGAAUCAUGCUAGUUUGUCUGCCUGCAUACCUGUAAUCUCCUAUUGCUGUCAUAACAAGUUACCACAAACGUAGUGGCUUAAAACAACACAAAUUUAUUAUCUUGUAAUUCUGUACAUCAUACGUAUGACACAGAUCUCAUCGGGCUAAAAUCAAAAUAUUUGGUGGGGCUGUGUUCCUUUCUGGAGGCUCUAGUAGUAGAUCCGUUUACUUGCUAGGUGGGGUUGUUGGUAGAAUUUGUUUCCUUGCAGUUGUAGGACUGAGAUUCCCAUUUUCUUGCCAGCCCCCAGCAGAGGACCAUUCCCAGAUUCUGAGGCCAAGCAAAUUCCUUGGUUCGUGGCCCCCUUCUAUCCUUAAAGCCAUCAGUGGUGGAUCAGGUUUCUCUCAUGCUUCAGAUUUCUUUUCCUUUUUCUUUCUGACCCAUCUGGAAAAGGUUCUCUGUUUUUAAGGACUCAUGUGAUUUGAUUGGGCCCAUCUGGGUAAUCCAGGCUACUCUCCCCAUCUCCGAUUCCAUAACCAUAAUCAUAUCUGCAAAGUACCUUUUGUCAUGUAAGGUAAAAUACUUACAGGUUCUGGAGAUUAGGAUCUGGACAUCUUCGCGGGGCCAUUUUUCUACCUACCACACAACCUUUCAGUGAGUGUUUAACUAGCAAGGAAUGUUUUCCUUGCUAGUUAAAAUGGUCAGUUAGGGUAAAUCUGAACGUUUGUGCUGUCCAAAGUGUGAAUUGCUAUCUCAUCUCUUUCCCACUGCAGUUGACUUUUAAUCCUCCCACAAUCGUUUAGUAACUGAUGAGCACCUAGACUGUGCAGUGGUGCCCUGGCCUAAGACUCAGUAGUUGGUCUUCAGGGAGCUCCAGGUAUACUUGCCAUGAGGGAAGUAGAGAGAAGGUGCUGUGGGGAUUUAGAGGAGUGAGGGAGUGCUUACACGGGUCUCUUCUCUUCCCCUCUCUUCACCUAGCCACAGAAG